AUGGACUAUAAUAGGUAGUGUUACAAUGUUCCAAAGGCUACUAAAUUUUGAAUCAGAGACUGAAUAAACACAAAAGGAUGAAUCAUCUCGAAAGAGAAAAGAAUAAAUGGGGACAAAGAAGUGAAUAUGUGUGUGAAAACUCGAUGAGUUUAAGAGGCGCCAAAAACAAAACACAUCAGAAAGGCUCUUCUUCUCAUUCGCUUGACUUCCUAUAUUAAGACCUUCUAACUGUAAAACAGUGCCAUUUCUCUGCUAUACAUACGACAACAAACCACUUCACUUAUUACCAUAUCAAUAACCCCCUUCUAUCUCUCUCUCUCUUCUUUCGAUCUCUCUCCUCUAUCAUUUUUUUUUCUACUUCUUCCUCCUUCCAUGGAUUUUCCCAUACCAGAACCAUCUCCUUCUGAAACUUCAACAAUCAUCUCUGCUUCAGAGUCUUCUCCACCAUGUCCAAGGGGAGAUCGAACAACAGACCAAAUCAACCCCAAUUCUCACAUGGGUUUGGAUCUCUCCCUUUCCAAUAAUGAUUUUGAUCAUGGGUCGAAUCCAGAACUCAAUUUAAUCGACUGUUUCGAUGCGAAUUUAGCAACAGAACCUACAGAUACAGAAACAGAGCCAAGGGUUUUCUCUUGCAACUAUUGCCAAAGGAAAUUCUACAGUUCUCAAGCUCUUGGGGGACACCAAAAUGCUCAUAAACGAGAGAGGACUUUAGCUAAGAGAACUCAAAGAGUUGGGUCUGGCUCUAAUUUUGGGCUUGCUCAUAGGUAUUCGAGUUUGGCUUCUCUUCCUCUUCAUGGGUCGUUUAAUAGGUCGCUUGGAAUUCAAGCUCAUUCCAUGGUUCAUAAGCCUUCUCUUCAUGUUUCUCCAAUUGGGUCAUCUGGAAUUUAUGGUCACAGUGGAUGGUCAAGGCAGCCGCUCGAUCAACAUCCGGCGAUUGGUCGGUUGAUGCAAGGGAAUUCCCACGUAGGAAGUCUUAGAGGCAUUUCCUCGAACACUGGAGCUGCAAGGUUUGAGGGUGUGAAGAGAUUCUCUCCGGUGGCAGUCACGGAGGCGUCACCGUCGCUGGGAGGGUUCUGGUGGGACGGCGGCGGCGGUGGGGGUGGUGGUGGUGGUGGUUUUAGUCAUAUGAAGAUGAAGCCUAAACAAGAUGAGUUGUUGAAGCUUGACUUGUCUCUUAAGCUCUAAUCAGAAAGGGAACUUUCCUUCAAUUAUUUUUCUUCUUUUUCCAUUUUUUGAAAAUUUGAUGCUUUCUGCUAAGAUGGAAAUUGAUUUAGAUCCUUCUUUUUUGUUUUUUUUUUUUUUCCUUUUUUUUUUCUUUUUUGUUUUUGUUUCCAAUACUUGAGAAGAUUGUCUCUGUAAAUAAUCCAUUUUGGCAACAUAAGAAGAACACAAAAGUAAACCUGUUUAAAAGAAAUUCCCAUUUAUUA